AUGCCCGCAAGGAGGCAAAGUGCGGUCUCGCCUUUCGAUCCAGUCACUGGAUUACCGGUCGAAGGUCUGACACCCACAUCGUCAGGUAGAAGUAGAGGUAAAGAAGGCAAAGAGAAAGAAACUUUUGCUUGUAAUUUCCCAGGAUGUGGACAGAACUAUAGUCGUAUGGAAUAUCUGAAACGACAUCAGCGAAAACACCAAGAUGAUAGACCUUUCCAGUGUAAAGAUUGUACAAAAGCUUUUGCACGAAGUGACGUCCUACUCCGCCACCGACGCCGAUGCCAUCCCACACCGCCGCCUACCGACCGAAACUCACAUUCUCCUCCCGCACCUCAACGGAAUUACCCUGGUGUACCCAUCUCAUCAUCCCGCACCGAUGCACGAGAGGCAUCACCGGCACCUAGAGGUCGAAAGCAUCCACGACGAUCCAGUGGCGAUGAAGAAAGAGACGCUACCCGCCCGCGGCUCGAUCCCAGUUUAGAUCCAAGCCUCGAAGAUGAUUUCACUGGCGGCGAAGAUGAUAAUGACAAGUAUCCCGAAGGAGCCAACCGAUUCAGUCGUCAAAAUGGCAUGGGCAACGGUGGUGUCUAUUCUGCUGGUAAUGGUAACCCAUUCUAUGGUUCUGGGAGUGUUCCUGAAGGUUCAACUUAUACACCCCACUUGUUACCAAUGUUUCAACAAGGUCAGACAUUUCAUAGCCUGAAUGACCCCAAUCACCUAGAAGAUGCCUCAGCUCUACUAUCAAUGGCCUACCCUGGAGGUGUACCUGGUGGAGACAAUCCAGAGUUACCGAAAGAUCUUCCCGAUUGGGCCAAUAACCCUACAAUCAACAUGAUGAUGGAAGCUGCUGUAGCUGCCAACAGGAAGCAGGAAGCGGAAAUUAGCAAUGGAGCCAACGGUGAUACGCAUGUCGAUCAAUCUAGAACCGAUACCACCGAACAACCUGUUGUCGAUCCGACACUCACUGGUGAAAAUCCCGGUGUGAAUGGAGGUGAGACCAACGGUGAAAAUUUUCUAAACGCGAUGAGCUGGAUGUCCGGAAUGGGCACACAGGGAGUGUUGAACCGAAAUCAGAACCAGAACCCGAACCACAGCAACGGCCAGAGCCAAUCACAAUCGCCGAAUCAACAAGAGCAGAACUCGAACUCCCAAAAGAAGGGAUUGACAUCGACGCAGAGUUCGACGCUUCAAUCGACCCUGAACUCAAAUAGUGACAUGGGCACACUACUAGGAUGGAUGCAAAUGUUCGCUUCGAGCAUGAACGGCACGACUGGUCCUGGUCCUUCUCCAAAACCUCAAUCACCUUUCCCUCUCUCAUCGCUGUUCUCUCCCUCCGCAUUUGGCAUCACCAAUACGGACUCGAACGAUUCGAGUGGUGGAAAUACCCAGCAGUCGACACCAAUGUCACCUACCAUUCUAGGUAUUCUGGAUCAAAUGGCGAUGUAUGAAGUACCUCAGACACUGGAGAACCCAAAUCCGGAAAGACCCCUUCUCAGGCUUGCCAAUGAGGAGAUGAAUCUGAGAGCAGGUCAAGAAUGGUUUGACAAGACCAGUCCAUUCUAUCUUCCUGCUGAACGAUUUGCUGGUGUAUAUCAAAUCCCUCAUUGGGCAUUGCCGCCUUUGCGUACAUUAUCGGUCAUGGCUUGUCGGACUUAUCAUACCGUCCUGAACCAUUUUUCGUUUGUUCACAUGCCGACGUUCAAGCUCAACGAUACAGCUGCCUGUUUGGCAUUUGCGAUUUGUACAGUCGGCGGUAUACGAACCGGGAACACUACUGCAGCGGAUGCUGCUGUACUGCAAUCUUUAGGUUUAAGCGGUAUAACUCCGCCUAAGGCUCUAGACGGACCGGUUGUACCUGAUCAGAGCUGGGAGAGUAUCUAUGCCGCGAACUGGAAGAAAAGCGUUGAUGACAAACCGUACGAUUCGGAGAAUGUGAACAAUUGGAAGAAUGGUCCUAUAGUCAGGAAUGAGAAAACAAAUAUGCUUGUGAAGUCAUUCUCGCUUGCCCAAGGUGUGCUGAUGACUGAAUAUAACGUCGCAUUGCUCCAAGCAUUGAUCUUAUAUCACACACCAAACUUCCUAAGUGAGAGUGAAUCAGAGAGGCUCACUGCAAACAUGUUCAUGGGGACUAUUGUCAAUAUUACUCGACAAAUUGGUUUCUUCACUCCCGAAGCUGAUCACUUCGCCAUGAAAAUCAAAAUACCCACUGAACCGUAUACUCCCAACGAACUGGAUAGGUGCUGGAAAGAGUGGAUUCAGCUGGAGACUCGACGUCGGACCGCUUACCUCGUAUACCAAUUGGACACAGUUUCAGCACUGGAAUCCAAUAUUCCUUGCAUAUUAUCAUCCUGCGAAUUGUGCUAUCUACCCUUGCCGGCACCCGAUACCCUGUGGAAAGCUCCAACAGCCAUUGAAUGGUUAAAAGCUGUCAAGAAAUACAGACCUAUGAGUCUGGAUGAAGGUAUGAGAAGAAUAUUCUUUUUACCGACGUUCGGAUCUUUCGACAACCUGCAUGAAAGUGCCGAUACAAAGUACUACAACUUGCUCAAUACUCAUGACUUUGGACCGUUCGCAAGAUUGGCAAUGGUGCUUACGCUGCUGAGGGGAGUGAUCGAUAUAGGGGAAGGUAAAAGAGAUAGGGGAGAUUGGAGGGAUCUUACGGAUUUAUGGGUAGGAUGCAGCUGGCUGAGACCUUCCAAAAGGAUGUUGGCGCAAGAUGGAACUGAUCUAGGAAGGAUCACGAGGGAGAGUUUGCGAGGUAGAUUUGGCAUGGGUUUGCAGAAGUGGAGAGAAGGAUGGGAUUUCGAUAGAUUGUGUAUCUCCCCGUCCACGUCGAAUGCUUCUCGAGCGAACUCGGCGGGUAUCAGUCCUCAAAGUACUUCGAGUGGGUCAUCGGGCGCUGAGCCUGAGUUGCCCAAAGAGACACUGAAUUACUGCGAAGAUGCCCUGCCAUUCUACUGGCUCGCAGUAGCUCUGCUCAACCAGCUGAACAACUCACCUCAUACCGAACCGGGAUACAAUCAUUUCGCAGGCGUGCGAUAUGGCGAUAUGCUAAAAGCAGCUCGAACGUUCACCAGAACAGGUGAAGGUAUCCCAGGAGCCAGCAUGAACGCGACGGGGACUUCACCAUCUUUCGCUCGACAGGGAUCAACCUCAACAGCAAGUGUAGUCAGUGCCAAUGUUCCUACACAUAACAAUCCUGGUUCAACCUCUUCGUCAAUCUCCCCUCCGGGCCCUGCGCAGAAUGGCAAUUCAAUCGACGAGCUGGAUCUGUCUGCGAUGUCCCCUGGAACGAUCAAUGGAUUCUUCGAGGCUCUUGCUGGAUCGAACUUUGCUGAAUCAUAUGAGAAUGGACAAGUGCCCAUAUCGUCUAGUCAUAUGAAUAACAAUGGGUUGGAUAAGCGGGUUGAUGGUGGCGGAGGGAUCCAGGGGCAGGGUCAGUUGGCUGAACAUCUGGGGUUUAUCCUGUGA